AUGGCUCCUCCUCAAUUUGAGGGAUGUCGACGUGAGCAACUGAACGUUCUCACCUCCUACAUCGACGCCAGCAACGUCUACGGUAGCUCCACAGAAGAAUGUUCGAAUCUACGGACCGGCGCAGGAGGUGACUUCCGCGUGAAUGUGUUCCCUGGGCUGGUUGCCAUGCACACCCUGUGGGUGAGGGAACACAACCGCCUGGCAACCGAACUGCGCCAGGUCAACCCUGGGUGGGACGAUGAGAGACUAUUCCAGGAGGCCAGGAAGAUCAUCAUAGCAGCCAUGCAGCACAUAACAUACGACAACUGGCUGAGGAAAGUGCUGGGGCCAUUGAUAUACGAAUACUUCGACGUCUUUGGUGACCACAGCUACGACGACAGCGUCAAUCCCGGAAUAUUUAACAGCUUCGCCACUGCCGCCUUCAGGUUUGGUCACUCCCAGAUUGCCGGUCACUACGGCGUGAAGAAGAAUGAAGAUAUCGACAUUCGCAACUUGUACAUGGACCCUUCCUAUGUCGCUGAGGGAUAUGAAGACGUCCUUCUCGGUCUUCUCCGGGGCCCGAGCCAAAAGGCAGAUACACACUUUACGGAAGGUGUAACUGAUAACUUGUUUGAAAACACGAAGACUCAAGGGAAGAGCCUUGACCUUGUAGCGUUGAAUAUCCAGAGAGGUCGAGACCACGGACUUCCGCCAUACAUGGACUUUCUCAUCAAGUGGUCAAAGGAAAUCAACGAACACACCUCCAUCAUCGAGAAGCCUGGGACGCCUCUCUGUGCACUUGGCCUUUACGAUAGUGUGGAUGAUGUUGACCUAUUUCUGGGUGGAAUGGACGAAGCCCAUCUGAAAGAGGCCAUGGUUGGACCAACAUUUGGUUAUAUAUUGGCGAAACAGUUUUACAACUUGCGGGUAGGAGAUCGAUUCUGGUACCAGACAAAAAACAGCACCCUUGGAUUUACUGAUGACCAGCUAGCUGAGAUUCGGAAAGUGACCUUAGCACAGGUGAUGUGUGAGAACAGUCGGAUGAAAAGAAUUCAAAAAGACGUCUUUAAACUUCCAGGAAGAGGCAACCGCCCGGUUUCAUGCCGAGAACUGCCAGCCAUCGACCUCACGAAAUGGAAAGAGUGACCUCUAAAAUAUCAACUACUACUUGUGUUCAUCAAAUGAGUAAAAUAUAUUAUGCUAUGCAGUA